AUUUGUAGCAGUAUUAUCAAAAGAUGGCUAAGCUUUCUGCUAUUUGCUUCUUAUUGCUUGUUCUCAUUGUCUUCACUGGUGAUGAGCUAUUGGUGCCAGUGGCAGAAGCAAAAGACUGCAACAAGGUGUGGAACUGUAAAGGCGAUAAACGUUGCUGGGACGAUUGUAAAAAUCGUUACAAUGGCAAGGGGCUCUGUGAUUUAUAUACUGCACCUGGCGUUCCUAAACAAUGCUUUUGUGCCUACAAGUGUUGAUAAUCAUCUCAAAUCUUCAUCAACAUCAACUUAAUUAUAUAUAUAUUAAUCUAGCUAAAUAAACAACUUUCGUCCUACUUCAAUUUUG